AUGUCUGUGCACUCAUCCCCUAUAGAUAAAGUUGCCGCCAACGAUGACAUCUUAACCCAAAUUCUCAUAAAGUUACCAGUAAAAUCACUCCUGCGAUUCAAGUCCGUAUCCAAACACUGGCUCUCUCUCAUCGUCAAUCCCCAUUUCGCACGUUGCCGGAAUCCCAACUCCAGCUUUGUCUCCGGCCUAUUCUUGUACUCGUCCAAGAGACGUCGUAACCCAGAACUCAAUUUCAUCCCUCUUCAAAACAAUGAAAAUCCAAGCGACGACGGUGAUGAUGCUUACUUAGCACCUCUCACGACGAUUCCAAGUCUAUCAGGUAAAGAAAUUUUUAGCUCAUGCCAUGGAUUUUUAUGUUGUUCUAGCUAUUCCAACCUUGAAGGCGACUAUCGAUUGCGCUAUCAUAUCCUCAAUCCCACCACCAAGCAAUUCAAGUCUCUUCCUCAACCCCGUGAUGGCCAUAAGGGUUUCAAUUUAGUGUUUGACCCGUCAAGAUCACCUCACUACAGAGUUGUCUGCGUUUGGCGUGUUGAUUGUGAUGAUUUAGUUUUGUCGGUUGACUCUGAUCAGAACAAGCUUUAUUAUCAAAUUGAGAUUUACUCAUCUGAGACCGGUUCUUGGAGGGCUUGUGCCGAACCUUUCACCGCUAAUCGAAAUUCCCAAUUUCAUAGCGGGGUCUGUUGGAACGGUGCGAUUAACUGGUUCAACACAUUUGGGGACUCAUUGUAUUUCAACAUGGAGGAUGAGCGUGUUAGAACUAUUCCAAUGCCUCCGAUUCCUCAUGGGGAUUGGAAAGGGAGGCCAUUUAGGUAUUACGGGGAGUCGAACGAUCAUUUGCAGUUUGUUGAGAUAUACAAUCCAAGGAUUCAAUUCGAUGUUUAUGAGAUAGAAAGAGAUUACUCUGGCUGUUUUGUGAAGUACCAUGUCGAUCUUGGUUCAGUUGGAGCUGCGUUUCCCCAGAUGAUGCAGAGGCUCUCGUGGAACCCAAUGUAUUACUCGUUCGCUAUACUUUCGCUUGUACGAGAGAAAAAAGAUGAUGACUCGUUUAUGGUGCUGCACAUACCGGGUAAGAUUUUACGGUACAAUCUUGGUGAUAAGAGUUUCGAGAAGAUAUGUGAUGUUGGUGCAGAGCAUUGCGAUGGUAAUGGCAUGAUUGAGGAUUCUUUUAUGUAUUUCUGGUUUCAUUCCUUCCAAUACAUUGAGUCUUUUCAGGCUGGGAUCGGAGGUGCUUUAACUAUUUCGGGGAGUCAGGACCAUUUGCAUCUUAUCGAGAUGUAUCAUCCUCCAAGCACGCAGUUCAACGUCUAUGAAUCGGAGAGAGACCGUUCCAAGUGGUUUGUGAAGUAUCGAAUCGACCUUGGUUCGGUUGCUGAUGAAUUUCCAGAGAUGAUUCCGAACAGAAUAAUUCCAAAGCACUUGAAUUUCUACAUCUUUGUUAUACUUUCUUUUGUACGGGGAGAAACAACAGAUGGGAGUCGUCAUUCGUUGUAA